GCAUUCGACUUCCGAACCAAUGGGUCGCAGCAGACUUGCAGCAGACAAAGUCCACAUCUCUUACACAAUUGACUAUCUCGUUCAUGUUUCGGUCGCACAAAGUUUUGUAUAGAAUGACACUGAGAGAUGAUUCAAUUAUGGUGGCGACGGUCUGGACUCAUUUCAAUUGAGACCGCGAACCAGUGGCAUUGGCAUUGGUCAUCUCGAGUGCGGUCAGCCUCAUUGCUCGUCAUUCUCUUUUCUGCAGGAAUUUUUGGAUUCGUUUCACAUCUUUCUUCUGACUUCGGCACAUUUCAGCCUUUUCCACCAGGUAACCUCGACAGCAUUCAAGUCUAUACUUCAAAAACCUAUUUUGCUUUUUGCCUCACUCAUCCGCCGGCAUGUCAGCGUCUCUUAGGUCCCGUCGCGCUUCAUGUCCUGCGCUUCCUCAGCGUGCCAUGAUGCCAAUGACACUCUUUUCUCAAUUCACGGGGUCUUCCACCGUUUCCGCUACUCAGGCUUGCAAGACUGCCCCUCAUGAAGUCGACAUUAUAAAUUCAGAAUCGAUGGGUUUGGCAAUCCAGGACGGCUUCAACUCUGAGGUUAAUAGAGUCAUUGCAGACCUCUGUGAUCGCCCCCUCUACACGGCUUCUCCAGGGCUCGUAUCAUUGAUUAACCUCGCCGACCUAUCGCUCGAUCCUUCUUCCUCGCCAGCGACUACUAGCCAGCCAUCACCCAUCCUUGAUUUAUCGAAUUCGGAUAUGUCCAGUCCCACACUUGUGCACACGCCUCUUUAUAUCACGACUCGUCGCAAUCAGAAUCCCUCUCAGAGCUCUUCCGCUACACUUAUGGUUGGAUUAGGCAUUCAGGGUUUAUUCAAGGAGGACGGGACAAUUUUCGACGGCCUAGGUUUUCUAUCAUAUCGUGACCAUGCGGAUUACGACCCUGUCCUUGCUAUGUUAUCUCCGGAUAAUCUGCUGGACAAGGGCCUUUCAACAAAUGCCGUCGGCCGAGACAGAACCAAAGUUGACUGGUGGGGAUGGGUGACAGAGCGAGACACCAGUUUUGACGCAAGCGUAUACGCAUUUAAAAUGCCGCAGAUGUCGCAACAGCGCUCUCAGAAAGCUGCGUCCGCCAACACGGUAGCCCGCCAUGCUCGGCACCGUUUCACCUUCUCAGAUGUGUCACCUCCCCGCUUCGACAACCUUCCCCAAUCAGGCCCGUCGAAUUUAAUCCUUUCCGAGCAGCCGUUGACACCUAGCGUGAAUGUCGGUCACGGUGCCACUCUUGACAACUCAACUUCACCAAGUCGACGCCUACAUCAAAAAAUAACCCGGAAAUCUGCCAAACAAUCGGCCGUAGUUCCAUUUAUCCCGAACCAGGAUGAUGUUUUCUACGACGGCACUGCCUCCUUGGUCUUCCCAACAAAGUCGGAUGGGACAAAAAUGUGCUCGAUAAAGGACGUAGCCGACCGAGCUGAAAGUGGAAUGACAUGGAGACUCAACGAGUUGCCUCCCGUGACACGAUGAACGCGGAGGCAUUCAGCUCAGAAUAGCUAUAGGGCUACAGAGCUCACUGACCUUGUAUCAAUGAUCCAAUUGCAAACACCUAGAAUUACACUGCUGAUAUAUCGUAGAAAGGGAUAUGUGUGACAGUACACUACUCGGAAAUAGAUCAGGUACAACUUUCCUGCUUACGAGGAGAAUAAAGGCAAAAGAAGUGAACG